AUGGCCAAAGGUGGUUUUUAUGCUGUCGCAAUUGGACGCUCCACGGGCGUCUUUUCAACGUGGGCCGAGUGCGAAGCACAAGUGAAAGGAUAUACUGGCUCCAAGUACAAGAAAUUUCAGACCAUUGCUGAAGCCCAAGCGUUUGUCAGUGAUCCCAUCGAUCAGCGAAAUAUUGUCGGUCGUAAUCGAAAAAGACUUCGGGAGGAAAAUGUCGAGAAUGAAUCGCCUCGUGCUCAGAAACUUAGGAAAGAUACAAAUGGACCGUCUUCCAUUGUUGAUAAAAGCUGCUACAAGACGAGUAGGAUGACGUAUACAAAAGACGUGGACAAGCUGAACCUGGACUUGGUUGACACGAAAGUUGACUCGAAAAAAGCACCUUUGAACCUGAAUGAUGAUGAUGAAAACACGACGUCUUUGAUGACCAUGUGGAAGGAGGAAGAGAAGAAAGGACCGCAAAAGUCGUCGGUUCAUGUUGAUGUCAUCUUGGAAGCUGCUGUCCCUACAGCUUUUGCUGGAGAUCAAGUUACGGCCAAUGACGACGACCCGAAGGACUCGACCACGUUGGUGGCAUUUUGUGAUGGAAGUGCACUGAAUAAUGGACGGCAGAAAUGUCGUGCAGGUUACGCCUGCAUUUUCCCACACUGUGAGGAAUGGAAUGUGGCCAAGCAGCUGGUGGAGGAGGAACGUGCUACGAACAAUCGGGCAGAGUAUAUGGCCGCGUUGGAAGCCAUGAAACGUGCGAACGUGGAGGACCCAGACGGGUCUCGGCCGCUAUACAUCUUCUCAGACAGUAUGCUAUUGAUUCGAUCAAUGACGGAGUGGGUUGGUACAUGGCAGAAGAAUAACUGGAGGAAAUCGGAUGGCAAACUCGUACGAAAUCAUGAUCUGCUCGAGCUACUGGUGGCGGAAAUGGGCAAUCGCUGCAUUCGUUGGAACCAUGUGAAAGCUCAUACUGGGAAGAAAGACUGGAAGUCAAAGUGGAACGAUGUAGCAGACCACGCGGCCCGAAAUGCCGCGUCAAGUGUUGGUAUAAUUUGA